UGUGUGUCUCUCAUGAAGAAAUAAAUAAACUCACCUCUCAUCACUCCAAAAUUAGAGUGGUUUUAUCUGAAGAACUGGGAUUUGUUUUUUCUUCUAUUUUUCAGGGGAUGAACAAUCAAUAUAUCCGUCGGGAAGUCUUUUGCUGUGAAACUUGUCAUGAGCUCAAAAGUUUCUGGGAAAAAGAAAUUAGCAAACAGACUUGUUACAGGGAACUGGAGGAAGAUCGUCAGGGAAGGAGCGCCCUGAGAAAGCUCAGGGAAGAAUGGAAACAGAGACUGGAGAAAAGGAUGCAGAUGCUGGACAAUCCAAACGAUAAGAAAAAGCAGGCAAGCACAGUGGGCCAAGACCCUCCAGCUUCAACCACUUCAUUUUUUUAA